AUGAAAACUUCAAGAAAAUCAUUAGGCAAAGGAAACACUCAAAAAGAAAGGACUGACAUCCAAAAAAGCAGUGAGCUAUCUGCGCUAAUUCUCAAAGGAGAUGCCUACUGACGAAGAAUCCCUGAUCAUUAUACCGAUAUUAUAACGAACCAUCAAAUUGUCACAAUUUUUUAUUUCGGAUUAGAAGAGGACUGCAAAUCUUCGAAUCCAAAUGAAUCAAUGGUAUCUUCUGACGACGGAAGAGGAGUUGCCAGACUUCUAGAACAAGUUGACAAAGUUAAUGAAUUUAAAGGCUAUGUAAUAGUCUCACUUGCAGAUCCCGUCAAUUUUAUAUGAGGCCCCUUGGAAACGAGAGAAAGGAAAGUGAUAAAUUUAAAUGAGUAUUACUCAGCUCUUGUUGCAAGAUCUGGAGCUCCUAGCAAUCCUCAAAUAAAUAAGAUGAACAAUUCUAAGAUGUCAAAUAGCAAGAUUGAAGAAGAAGAAAAAGAAAACUCUAUGGUAGAGCCGAUAGAAGAGGAAUGAAAUGAAGAAUAUAAUGAAGAGGAGCUAGAAGACGGUGUCGUCGAAACUUCAUUUGCAGGAAGCAAAAAAAAUGAAGAAAACGUUUCUGUACAAGAAAUAAAACCUGCUGAUGAAGGGAAAAAGGCUCCACCAGCAGAAUACCUCAUAGGGUAUCCUGCGUGGCUAAAAUUAUCAUAUGCAACGGAUUCUGCAGAAUUGUAUGAUCAUGAGAGUGUGAUUCUAAUAAAAUACAAAAGCCUGAGUUUAUUUUUAGUUUUUGAAGACUUGCGUAUAGCAAAAGAUUGGGGAUUUGGGAUGAAAUUUCUUUUAAAAACAAUGGAUAUCAAUUAUAGAGGAAUUAAUCACAUGCUAUCAGCUGAAAAAAAGAACAUUGCAACAGAACUUACUAACCAAGCUUUUUUUCCUGCGAAUAUUAAUUCUAUAACUGAUGAUUAUCGAAUUUUACUAGAUAUAUAUGACCCAGAUAAAGAUGGGAGAAUAUGAAGAGAUCUUAACUCCCUUCAUGAGUGAAAAAUUGGAUAAAUCCCUAUUUUCUGAGUAAAAAGCCGCCAUUGUGAAUGAGCAAAAAUUUUUUUAAAAAUAUAUUUUUGAUAUAUACAAGUGAUAAUUAGAAUAAUAAAAUCUAGCUAAUUGUUUUGAGCCUGCUGCGUUUUAUAACAUAAUUUUACACAAAUUAAACUAAUUUUGCUUCCUAGUUUUUUGAAAUUUCAAAAAAAUUAAUCACUCUUAUGAACGAACAAUAUUUUUGCUGGCUCAAAGAGGGGAGUAAGUAUACCUUUUGGAGCAAAAAUGGGAUAUAUGACCAAUAUGCUAUAUAUAAUAGAUUUUACGAAAAUAUUGAUGAAAUUAUUGCACAAAUCAAAGAACCUAUCAAAGACCAGCAUGUCAUUCCCACUAUGAUUUUUAAUGGAUUUUUGGAUCAAAUUCACAUAGAUGAAUUUAAUAGAGAGUGCAACAAUCUUUAUCCUGCAUUUGUUGAAAGAACCAAAUAUUGGCGAUUUACGAAUGAGAAAGAUACAACUGUGUUUGUUUCUGACUUCAGUCAAAAGUUUUGAGAUAUUCGCAGAGGAAUAUUAAAAAAUUACAAAAAAUCUGAUGGAGAGAGAUCGCAGAGUCUCUUUGAUAUGAUUAUUACGAGUGAGAACAAUCUUGAGAUUAUAUUAGAUUAAAAUUAUAGCGGGUCGUUGGGGUUUAUUUCAGCCCCUUUCCGUCCAACGGAUAGCUUCGCAUUGGCGCUAAGCGCUAUCCUCACACAACCUUUUUCCCUUCCGAUGUCACCAAAAAAUGGUGACGUCGAAGGUCUAACGGGGAGACACCCCUACCGAUCAGUAUCACUGGUCCCAUAAUUCAGCAAAAGACUCCCUUAACCUCUGACAGGGCUCAGGGUAUAGGUGAAUCGUCUUUCGCCUCCUCCAUGGUCUGUCAGAGCCUUAUCGCAGGCUCGAAAUUGCUCCCAUGGAGUGGUAUUGGGACUUUGCGCCGGUAGGGUCAUCAUUUAGGUAAGGAAAAAAGAUCUAGGGUCAGCCCCUAGGCCAAAACCACCCCCGAGAAUUAUCGCCAUGUGGCUCGCCUUUCCUGGGCCCGGAUCAACUCACAGGUCACCAGGAGUCCACGUCAGAUCAUGCCAUUUUAAUAAUUCUACAAUCUUGAGAAGAUAAUGAAAAUGAUCUCAAAAAGGCUUUCAAAAUAUUAGAGCUUCAAAAGCAUGAUCUGAGGCUAAAUCUACAUAAAGACGCAAAAAACGUAAUAAUUACUUUCUCUCCAUUCAUAAAAAAAUAUAUUUUUUGAUAACAUAAAAUUUUCAAGCUGAAGAAUUUGUUUUUUAAAAAAAAAUGAUAUAUAUUUUUGCUACGAAAUUUCAUUUAAAUUGUGGAAAAGUUUAGAGAGGAAGAAAAAGAGGUAAUAGAGGUGGGAAAUGGAGAUCAGACAAGGCUAAAAGAAAAGAACAACGAAAAGCCAGAGAUGUCGAGAAAAAAACAAAUUUGGUGCUAAGACUCAUGAUGUUUAAAGAAAGUAACCCCGAAAUCUUACCAGACGAGUUUCAAAAGCUCAGCAAAAGCUCAUCCAAAUCCUACCGAGACAACUGCACUUGCAAAGCAUUUUAA